GGCCUAUUAAUAUCUUUAGCCCAUCAAAAACCCUAAAUUGUAACAUAUUAUUAGUAGUAGUUUCUUCUCGAGGUUUUAUUUACAAGGCAAAGGCAGAGCAGCAACAAUGGGUAUCGAUUUGAUAGCCGGAGGUAAGAGCAAGAAGACGAAGCGUACUGCACCUAAAUCCGACGAUGUCUAUCUCAAGCUCCUUGUUAAGGCGUACCGAUUGCUGGUGAGGAGAACAGAAAGCAAGUUCAAUGCCGUGAUCUUGAAGCGUUUGUUCAUGAGCAAUGUGAACAAAGCGCCAUUGUCUCUCUCUCGUCUUAUCCGAUACCUGGAUGGGAAGGAUGGAAAGAUUGCUGUUCUUGUUGGUACUGUGACUGAUGAUGUUAGAGUCGACGAUGUUCCCGCUCUUAAAGUUACUGCAUUGAGGUUCACUGAGAGUGCUAGAGCUAGGAUCCACAAGGCUGGUGGAGAGUGCCUCACUUUUGAUCAGCUCGCUCUCCGUGCUCCACUUGGUCAGAAUACGGUUCUACUUAGAGGUCCUAAGAACGCACGUGAAGCAGUGAAGCACUUUGGACCAGCUCCUGGUGUGCCACACAGCCACACCAAACCUUAUGUACGUUCCACUGGUAAAAAUUUUGAGAAAGCAAGAGGAAGAAGAAAGAGCAGAGGUUUCAAGGUCUAAGCUUAGCUACCAAACUUCAAGGUCUAAGAGCUACAUCAUAACUUCCUUCGAGAGUUAUUAUGGUCAGUCUAUAUAUUAUACUUUGACAUUGCUACAAUGAGAUAUAUGAGACUUAGUUGGAGAAAUCUUUCUUUCUUAGCUCUGCUUUUUAUCCUUAUAGUAUUUGAUUAUAUUAGUACAUCAUAAAUGGAAACUUGGAUU